UGGCCCCCCACCAAGAGGCUGAAGACCAACCUCUGCAACAACGGCAAGGAGCAGCGAGUGGAAGAGGACCAGACCCGAGAGCAAAUGGUUUCCGAAGUUACAAACAACAGUGGGAGUCUUGAAGACAGCUGUUUGUCCUGCGGGAGGAGAAAUCCGGCCACCUUCCACCCGCUCUUCGAGGGGGGCCUCUGCCAGACAUGCUAGGAUAGAUUCCUGGAGCUCUUCUACAUGUACGAUGAAGAUGGCUACCAGUCCUACUGCACCGUCUGCUGCGAAGGCAAGGAGCUGCUGCUCUGCAGCACUGCCAGCUGCUGCCGGGGGGCCCCGUGCUUCUGUGUGGAGUGUCUGGAGGUGCUGGUGGGGCGAGGGACAUCGGCCAAGGCAAAAGAGCAGGAGCCCUGGAACUGCUACAUGUGCCAGCCCCAGAGGAGCUAUGGCGUGCUGCUGCGCCGGCAGGACUGGAACACCCGCCUGCAGGACUUCUUCACCAGCGACAAGGGACAGGAAUACGCUGCACCCAAAAUCUACCCAACAGUCCCACCAGCAAAGAGGAGACCUAUUCGAGUGCUCUCUUUAUUCGAUGGUAUAGCAACAGGGUACCUGGUGCUGAAGGACUUGGGCAUCCAAGUGGAGAAGUACAUUGCCUCGGAGAUCUGCGAAGACCCCAUUGCUGAGGGCACCAUGCGGCAUGAGGGCAACAUCACCUACGUGCAUGACGUCAGGAACAUAACCAAGAGAAACAUCGAGGAGUGGGGUCCUUUUGACCUGGUGAUCGGUGGAAGCCCCUGUAACGACCUCUCCCUUGUCAGUCCAGCCAGGAAGGGGCUAUAUGAAGGAACCGGGAGGCUGUUCUUCGAGUUCUACCACCUGCUCAACUACGCCCGUCCCAAGGCGGGAGAGGAACGCCCCUUCUUCUGGAUGUUCGAGAACGUGGUGGCCAUGAGGGUCAACGACAAGAGGGACAUUUCUCGGUUUCUGGAGUGUAACCCAGUUAUGAUUGAUGCUAUCAAGAUAACAGCUGCCCACCAAGCGCGCUACUUCUGGGGUAACCUUCCAGGGAUGAACAGGAUCUUCGGCUUCCCCCUCCACUACACGGACGUCUCCAACAUCGGCCGCGGGCUCGCUCGCCAGAAGCUGCUGGGGAGAUCGUGGAGCAUCCCCGUCAUCCAGCACCUCUUUUCCCCGCUCAAGGAUUACUUUGCCUGUGAAUAG